AUGUCACAGCUCAUUCCAAGCACCACGCCCAUUCGAAUUUUUGAAAAUCACGAAAAGGACAUAAACGCAGUUGCAGUGUUCCCUGACAAACGACGAAUGAUUACGGGCUCGGACGACAGGACACUUCGUCUUUGGGACUUGGAGACAGGUGUUGUGUUGAAGAAGAUGGAAGCGCAUAGCAGUAGGGUGUGGGCAUUGACGAUAUCGCGAGAUGGUAAAAUCAUAGCAAGCGGUGAUUCAAAUGGAGAGGUCAUCGCCUGGCACGGUGAAACUGGCAAAUCCAUCACCAAACCCAUCAAAGCCCACUUCAAAGUCAUCACCUCGGUGGAUUUUUCUCUGGAUGGAAUGGUGCUGGCCACUGGUUCAUGGGACUACACGGUGAAGUUUUGGAGUACCAAAACGUGGCAGAUGCAAGGAGAUCGAAUCAAGUGCGAUGAUGAAGUCAACUGCGUUCGAUAUUCGCCUUCUGGUGAACUUCUUGCCAUCGCAACAUCAGAUAGUAUCCAAAUUUAUAAUUCUGGCACAAGGGAACGCGUCGCAUCUUUGACAGGUCACAAUGACAGAUGGAAGUUCAGGUUGCCACUCGCGUGGACGCCCGAUAGCACACGCCUUCUUUCAGGAGGCAGCCACACUGAUGAUAUCAACGCCAUUGCCAUUCAUCCCGCCGGCACCCUUGUUGCUUCUGCAUCGGAUGACAACCAUGUCCGUCUCUGGCGACUUUCAGAUCAACGAAUCAUCGCUAUCUUCCAGCAUUCAUUCACCGCGACAUGUGUCACAUUCUCUCUGGAUGGCAAGCACAUCCUCAGCGGAGGUGAAGACAAUAAGAUGUUACAGUGGGCAAUACCAAAGGACGCUCAUUCAAAGAUCCUUGACGUCACAACAGCCCGCAAUGCAUGUCUAACUGGGGAUUUGUCUCUCGCUGAAGAGCUCCUCACUCAAGAGAUCCACACCAACGCCGACGACUUUACUUCAUAUGCCAAUCGUUCGUUCGUUAUGGCCCGGAAGCACAACUUGGACAACGCCCUUGAGGAUGCAAUCAAGUCAAUCAACAUUAAACCAUCAUUGAUUGGCUUUAUCUCGAAAGGCAUCGCCCUCCGUGGAAAAGGUCAUGUCCGGGAAGCAAGGGUAGCAUUCGACGUUGUAUCUAUGUUCACGAACCAAGAUCCAGAAACCAAGCAAUUUCUUCUCUUGAUCAAGGCCAUCGCACUCUUCAACGCAGAUCAACACGAGGAAGCAAUUCUGUCUAUAAAAGAGCUGGAUACUGCUUGUCCAAAUGUCGAGCCUCUCGCGCGUCGUGUCGUGGAAACAUAUUUGCGUGUUCAUAUCGGAAUCACAGCCUUGGAUGGUGCGCGUUACGACGAGGCCGCUGAUCAUUUCACUGCUGCUGUCAACUCUACUGCAUUCUCGUCAAGAUACAUUCAUUUGACGUAUGAGGACUUGACCAUGCUCUUUGGCUGGGACCUCAAAUCCUUGUUGCUCAUUGCACACAAGAAACGGUGCCAGGCUUUCCUUUCAGCAGGUAAACUCGAUAAGGCACUUGAAGCACACGAAUACAUGAUGAACGCCGUUGAUGAAUCUACGAAGGCCAGCUGCCUCGAUUGGUCCAAUGGCGAGUUUUACGUGCUAUGUGCUGCCAACGGAGAUUCCGCCCUCGCUGUGAACGAUUAUGACAAGGCUAUCUACCUAUACUCGGCGGUAAUCAACUCGAACUCUGCAUCUGAUGUUGUGUUUGCAAAUCGUAGCAAGGCAAAGUUAGGCAAAAUGCUGUGGAUGGAAGCACUUCUCGAUGCGCAGAAGGUCAUCGAACUCGACUCUUUGUCUUAUCUUGGAUACAAUUUGAAGCACGCAGCGCUUCAUGGUGUGCGGCGCUAUGAUGAAGCGAUUGAAACCUUCCAAACGAUGCUCUCGAUAUUGGACAAUGCACCUGAUGUUCACACGCGAAAGCUGCGCCAGCAGUAUCUCAGACCUUCUCAAGUAGAACGCGCCAUCCGACGGGUCAUUGAUACCCAACUCGACAACGCUCCGCUGCGUGUACUCGACACCAACACCGGUCUCUUAUGCGAUCGAGAGACGCAGAUAGACGCCUUCAAAAUGAGCACGCAGUAUAAGGAGCUCGUGUCAUCAACAAUCACGCAUGCAAACUUGCACAUCGAGCACAUCGAAGAAGUGGUGAAGACAUACCUGCAAUAUGCUAUGCUAUCACACAGGUGGGAAGGGAAGGAGCCGCUGCUGCAGGAUACUCAGGGCAAGUGCGUGUACGACUCGGAGUUGGUUCCAGUCGGCGGCAUGACGAAGCUGCGGUCUUUCUGCAAAACUGCUCGUGAUGCGGGGUAUAACUGGGCAUGGAGCGAUACAUGCUGCAUCGACAAGAGCAACAAUGUCGAAGUCCAAGAAUCGGUCAACUCCAUGUUCGUAUGGUAUCAUCAUUCUGCGCUCACGAUCGUCUACCUGUCUGAUGUUCCGCCAUCGUCAAAGUCUGGCGCACUGGCGAAGAGCGCUUGGAACACGCGCGGAUGGACGUUUCAGGAGUUCAUAGCUUCCAAAGUCAUUCUCUUUUAUCAGAACGAUUGGACUCUUUAUCGUAAUGAUCGUACUCUAAACCACAAGGAUUCCAUCGCAAUCAUGCAGGAGAUAAAGGACGCAACGGGAAUAGACCGACCAGCCGUUGUGGCCUUUCGUCCUAGUAUGCAUAACGCACGAGAAAAACUUCAUUGGGCGUCAAUCCGCGUUACCACGCGUCAGGAAGACAUCGCAUACUCGUUGUUUGGCGUCCUUGGCGUCCGCCUGCCUGUAGAUUAUGGUGAGAAGCAGGACAAGGCUCUCGGACGGCUCCUGCAGGAGAUCGUGGCUCGGUCGGGGGACAUCACUGGCCUCGAUUGGGUCGGAGAAUCAUCAGAGUUCAACAGCUGUCUACCAGCCUCCAUCACUUCGUACGAAGCUCCACCAUGCCAGCUACCACCCCUACCCGAGGAAGAAAUUCAGUCAUCGGUUUCUUCGCUGCGAAAGACGGUGGCUACCGACUUCGCUUCGAACCUUUAUACCCUACUUCGGAACACGAGCGUCCCUCGCUUCGCAGCACAGAGACUGCAUCUGCCUUGUCUUGCCUUCAAUGUCAGGAAAGUCAGACGAGUGCGUAGUCCGGCCCCGGAAACUCAUUUCACGUAUGAAGUGAAGGCAGACGGACUUCACGACUUGCUUAUCACCACCGCAGAGACCCUGGUUCAGUUCUGGCCGGCAAGGCCCACUGAGCGAAAAUUUGUCCUUGUCCGUCCCUGGGAUCGGUCUCUCCUGGAGCUAUCUGAAUUUAUAGAACCGUCUGACUAUGGAAAUGAUACAGAGAGUGAGGAGGAUUAUGGAACGCCGCCUUCUCCGCCAGACGCCUGGUCUGGUGGUUCUCUCGUAAAACAGGCGAUAUCUGACCUAGAAUCACGAGCAUUGCGGCUGCUUGUUCGCCUUGGGCAGCCUUUCAGCGCAUUUUUGCUGGCGCAGCAGCACAGUGGAGAAUGCAAGAGGAUCGCGACGCAUUAUGAUAUCAUCGGACAAGUCCAGGACGUGGUUUCCGUUGGAGACUCGAUGAACAUCAGGACCAUGGAGAUAUUGUAGUCGUGUGUUGUUGUUUCAAAGUGUUUGGACUACUUUAAAGAUGAUACCAUACAGCUGCAGCAUACGUAUCACACACGCAUGUUAGAUGUGGUUUUCGCACAUAGUGAGCAGCUCGGGUACAAAUUAUGCUCGAAGUCCCGUC